ACGAAAGUCCAUUAACUGUGGUGAGUUGGGGUUGGAGAAUCGGAUCCACGUGUUUUCUGCUAGUAUGCCAUACAGAUUGAGUCAAAUCUAAUGCUGCUUGUGCCCAGACUUUGCCCUAGCCGACAACUGUUAGUUUCCUGGAGGAGGAUUAUAUUUCGUCAAAUUUACACCAAUUCCACGAUGAGUUUGAAGAAUGAAGGUGAGGAGUCGCAGUACAAUGUAGUCAAGGAAGGGAAGGCAGACAUCCUCCAACCGAAAUCUGUUUUCUACAAUCCAGUUCAGGAAUUUAACAGAGAUCUCACUGUAGCCGUUAUAUCAAACUUUGCACAACUACGUCGACAAGAGAUAAAGAAUAAUUUGCUGAAGGACAAAAAAUCCAAAAAUGACCAGGAAGUGCCAGUUUCAGAUACAGAAGUAAAUAUUACCGGUAAUGACGUCGAAGAAUCACAGAAGAAUGUAUUUGUUGAUGAUGAUAUAGAAGCUGGUAAGAUGUGUGCAGAUGGCAUAUCAAUCUUGGAAGGCCUAGCAGCAUCUGGGCUUCGGUCCAUCAGGUUUGGACUGGAGAUUCCAGGUGUUAAGAGAAUUGUCACUAAUGAUUUUGAUAAAACUGCUGUAGAAGUGAUACAGAAAAACAUUGAGAGGAAUAAACUAGAUCACCUCGUCACCUCCAGCUUUGGAGAUGCUUCUAUGGUAAUGUACAUGAGUAAAGGAACGGAUGCUGCAUUUGAUGUGAUUGACCUUGACCCUUAUGGAGGUGCCUCCCAGUUUCUGGAUGCUGCUAUGCAGUCUGUCAGUGAAGGCGGUUUGUUGUGUGUGACAUGUACAGACAUGGCUCUAUUGUGUGGUAACACACCAGAAAGUUGCCGUGCAAGAUACGGUACCAUGUCCUACAGGUCAGCAUACUGUAAGGAAAUGGCACUUCGCAUCCUUUUGCAGAGUAUGGAAACAACUGCUAAUAGGUAUUCACGGUAUAUCAUACCCAUGAUAUCAAUCAGUGCAGACUUCUACAUUAGAGUGUUUGUGAGAGUUUUCACAGGUGCGGCAAAGGUUAAGCUUUCAUCUCUCAAGUUGGCCAAUGUGUAUCACUGCUCAGGAUGUGGAGCUUUUACAAUACAGAGACUGGCCAGGAAAAUACCAACAAAAGGCGAUAAUUUCAAAAUGGCUGCAGCACACGGACCUCCUGUCACAGAUUUGUGUGAACAUUGUGAACACAAACAUUAUGUUGUUGGUCCAGUGUGGGCGGACUGUCUUCAUGACACAGACUUUGUGAAAAAAGUCAUUAAGUAUGUUCAGGAGAAACAAGCUGACUUCCAGACACAUAAGAGAAUAAUUGGCAUGUUAAGUCUCGUCAGUGAGGAGCUCCGAGACUGUCCCAUGUACUAUGUUAUUGAUGAUGUAUGCCAGCAGGUCCACCUCUCCUCUUUCAACCAGGAAACAUUCAUGUCUGCUCUGUUGAAUGCUGGCUUUGAAGUGUCCAUGUCUCAUGCUGAACAGAAUUCUAUCAAGACCAAUGCUUCAAACACGGACAUCUGGGAUAUUGUACGAUCAUGGGAGAAAACACAUCCUGUCACUGAGAAGCGUCGUGUACCUGGGUCAGUCACAGCCAAUAUCCUGUCCAAGGAGCCAACCCUGAAGGUGUCGUUUGAGACCCACCCUGGGGCCAAACAAGAGUCAAAGAAACAGGGACUGUCACGAUACCCACAGAAUCCAGAGAAAUUUUGGGGACCCAAACCAAGGGCCAAAAAAUCAGAGGUGGACUCUGUGGAAUCCAUGGUUGACAAGAGGAUAAAACUCCAAGGAAAGAGGAAGAAGAAUCAGGAAGUUAGCUGAUGAUAGUGCAGGCGAGCAAGAAGCCAAGAAGAAAAAUGACACACAAGAUUCUUAGACGGCUGCAGAGUGACUGGUUAUAGAUAAAUACAAUGAACGCUUUCGUCAUACAAAGUGGGACUUGUGCAGGACUCAUUUUAAAAAAGGCUCCAUAGAAAGAUCAUUGUAAAGUGGGACUGGUGAGACGCUUGCUAUAAUGAAGGCUCCCCAAACAGAUCAUUGUCAAGUGUGACUGGUGGGACGCUUGCUAUAAUGAAGGCUCUCCAGACAGAUCCUUGUAAAGUGUGACUGGUGGGACGCUUGCUAUAAUGAAGGCUCUCCAGACAGAUCCUUGUAAAGUGUGACUGGUUAGAGGCUUGUUAAAUUGAGGCUCCCUAGACAGAUCCUUGUAAAGUGUGACUGGUGGGACGCUUGCUAUAAUGAAGGCUCUCCAGACAGAUCAUUGUCAAGUGUGACUGGUGGGACGCUUGCUAUAAUGAAGGCUCCCCAGACAGAUCAUUGUCAAGUGUGACUGGUGGGACGCUUGCUAUAAUGAAGGCUCCCCAGACAGAUCAUUGUAAAGUUUGACUGGUGGGACGCUUGCUAUAAUGAAGGCUACCCAAACAGAUCAUUGUCAAGUGUGACUGGUGGGACGCUUGCUAUAAUGAAGGCUCCCCAGACAGAUCAUUGUAAAGUUUGACUGGUGAGGGACUUGUUACAAUGAAGGCGCCUCAGACAGAUCAUUGUAAAGUUUGACUGCUGAGGGACUUGUUACAAUAAAGGCUCCCCAGACAGAUCAUUGUAAAGUUUGACUGGUGGGACGCUUGCUGAAAUGAAGGCUACCC